GAGCCGUUGUCGAGGCGACAUCUGCGUACACGGCGUAUGGCCCGCGUGUGUAUCGAUGUAACAUCGUUCAUAUUCGUGUCAGUGAAGUGCAGUGCAGUGUACCGAAAUGUUUGUUCAACUGUGAGAAAAAACUAACAAUAAUGGCACUGAAAAAGGAUUUAGAACUGAAAAAGAACAUAUUCAAGAACGUGAAAAUCCAAAUGCCAAAGUCGACGAAAUUCCAACAGGCCAUAGAGAAACUGUUCAAAAAGAACAAUAGUUACGAGAAAAUAGUGCAAAGUUAAUUUACACAAGUAGUUUUUAGCGACGAUUCAGUAGAUUAAAUGGCCGGUGAAGUUAGUGCAAAUAUUAGUAGAAGUAGAAAAAUUUCUAAACACAACCCCGAACCGCCAGAUCACAGUAAAUCGCCCAAUUUUAUCACAGACGAAACAGAAUUUGUCGGCAGAGGUGAUAUUUUGAGAUCAUCGACACCUAUAAGACAUAGACGUAGCAGAAGUAGAAGUGGGAACAGGAUAACCCCAUCAGUUUUGAGUGUAUCCGCUGAGAAUUUCUAUGAAGAUUUGGAAGAGUACGUGAAAGAAAUGUCUUCAGUUAGAGAUUCAAGUGUUGGAGUGGAAGGGAGUCAGGAUGUGGACGUUUGGACGCAGUUGCAGCAAAAGGAGUCUGAUUUGCUCCUGGCAGCCGAAUUGGGGAAGGCUCUGUUGGAGAAGAACGAGGAAUUGAAGAAGGAGCAGGAGCGCAUAGCUGAGGAGUACUCCAAAAAACUUGAGGAGUUGGAACAAGAGAAGCACUUACUCCGUCGGCGGCUGGACACCGCCCAGGGAGAGUACGAGGCCAGGCUGCUGGAGCUGCAGAAUGACAUCAAGGAACUCACCACCAAAAUCGACACCAGGGAUACUUCGGUUAAACAGAGAGAUGAAGAGAAGGCCAGUCUUAUCCAAGAGCUGACAGCGCAGAACUCCAGGCUGACGGCCCAGCUUAAGGAGUCUUCAGCCACUGAAGCUCAGCUGAUAGCACAACUUGAAGGUCUGAGGGAUCAGUGUUCCAUGAGGAAGACUAGUCUACAGGAUCACGUGCACAGCCUGGAGUCUCUGAAAGCGGAGCUGGCUCUCGUCAGCGACAAGAGGGCAGAUUUGGAGCGAAGGCUGACUUCUUCACUCAACGACAAAGACAACCUGAUGCAGCAGCUAGAUGAAGCUAACGACAGGAUCACAGCGCUCGAAAGACAGCUCAAAGAACAAGAACACCUCUACCAGAACACCUUGAAAGAACUGGAGCGCCUGCAGCGUUCCCACGACACCUUGGCUGAGAGGAUCGGCGCUCCAGAGCCAGUGGACGCUGCCAACUCGGGCAGGUCUCUCCAUGCUGAGAUGGAGUCGGAGCCGGAAGACCAAGACGAUACUUGGCUGAGGAGUGAAGCUGUCCAGGUUUACAAACAGCUGAGAGCGUUAGCACUGCAACUCAAUACUGGACACGAUGAUGAUUCAGGACUGCACUCGGACCUCUCCCUCACAUCUUUGGACGGAGAUGAGGGCGAGACUCUCCGUCGAGGCGCCUUGGCCGCUGCCUGCGCGGACGCAGUCGCCGCCUACGCCACUCUGGAAGGAUCCAGAGUCAGGGAUUCCAUCGCCGCUCACGCUCGCCGCGCGUUGGAGCGAGAGAGACAGAUAGACGAGAAGAAUGAACUCAUUGCUGAACUAUCUUCUAAGCUGUCAGUAGCGGAGGUGGAACUGCGCGCCGCAGCUGAAGAGCGCGACAAACUGCUGAACGACGCCAACUACAGCAGCCUCCAGAACGACGAGGCGGUGACCCGGGCCAGGCAGGAGCGGGACGAGGCCAUCGAGAGGAAGAAAGCCGCUGAGGUGGCCCUAGCAAAGACACGAGUGGAGCUGAUGCAGGCCAACAGCCAGCUGUACGAAGCCGUCCGGCAGAAGGUGGACCUCGGGCAACAGCUCGAGCAGUGGCAGAUGGACAUGCAAGAGCUGAUCGAUGAGCAAAUGAAACAUAAGCUGACCACGGAGAAGAGGAGGAAGCUCCCGGAACCACCGGCCCCCACCAGGACCUCGAGGAUCCUCGGAUUUUUUCAGCGGUGAUCUGCUGUACCCAACUCUUGGUUCGCCUACUCUGUGACGCCAUAGACAAAACAACCAUAUCAACUAUUUACUUUUUAAUUUUUAAACAACACGACCCGUUCAUAUCCUCGGCUGCGUUCGCUCUAUUUCUAAUUUUAAACAGAAAAGAUUUGAAAUCUAUUCCCGCGUUCGCCAUUUUGGUUUUUCACACGGACGUGUUCGAUAUAGCAGCUAUAAUAGGAUAUGUUUUAAUUUUAUUCUUGAAACCGUGUGAUGCGUACACGAUUGCAGUGAUAGUUAGUGUAUUAAUUAGGUUGUUUAUUGUAACUGUACGUUUUAUUUUUAAUUUACUGAACUUAUUUUAGUUAUCAAAUGUUAAGGAUUUUAUGGCUGAACGAUUAUAUGAAAAAAUAAAUAAAUUUUAGUAAAAAAUGUAGAUGUUGAAAUUUUGCAAUGCGUUUAUUAUGGAUUGGUUAGGGCGGAUUGGUACAACAGAACAAUAAACGGACACACCACAUAGCCAAGAGAACUGCCAUCUUUUAGAAGUCCGAUUUAUAUUAAGUGAAAUACUAACUUUUUACUUACAAAAAUGAAAAAUCAAUGAUCCUCGAACGAGACACGUCGAAAAUAUCGAAUUAUUUUGUACAAUAGUGUAAGAAUCAUAUUUCAUAAAUUCGGCAUUUUUAACCAUAAUCUGAUACUAACCAUCCAUCGGCUUAUUAAUUGUGUACAUACCAUUUUAUAUCAAGGAAUGAGAUUACUUUUAAAGGCUUAGUUAAGGUCAAUUACAAUUACUCAAAAGCGAGUAUCUUGGUGCACCCAAUAGUUAUAAUAAUGUAACUAAAUAUUACGUUUUAUCAUAUGAUUUUAAUAGCCAUAUUACGAGUAUCUACCAUCAAAUAAAAAUAAUGAUCUGCAGCAAUUUUAGAAAUAAUUAAUUUACAAGAUUUGUCAACAAUAUGAUUCAAGUUUUAUUAAUUAAGGAAUGAAAUAUUUCAAUAUUGAUUUGCAAUUACAUAUAAAUAUAUAAAGUGCCUUAUGAAAUAAGUGGCCUUUGUAGUGCCUUUAUUGACAAGAGAUUCUACUUACCCACAUAAUGCUAAAAAUCAAAUAAUGAAAUAAAAUAGGUAUAAGAGACGAUUUGAAAUCAUUAUUUUAAAACCUUACAUUAUCAUCAAUAUGGCAUAGUGUAUUUCAGUCACACUUCAAAAUGAUUUAAAUAUUUUUAUCACAAAAUCUAAAUAAAAAAUUUUCAUCCAGUAAUUUUUAUUUAUUACCAUAUUUCUAUUUAUUUGAUUUAUAAAAAAAACAAUAUUUGCGCAUUAAGGAAGAGUUAGCGAUCAUUUUUAUCUGCCUAAUUCAAAGUUAAAAACGAUAUAAGUGUGACUAAGGUAUAGUGUUUCAUCUUUUAAAAAAAUAUAUAAAGCGCAUUCAGUACGUCUAUAUAUAACUAAUCUUUUAAAUGCAUGACAUAAAAUAAAUCUUUCUUCUAAUGCAAUGAUUAUAUUCAUCGGUUAUAAUAAAAAAUCCUCAGUCUUAGACAUAAAUGCAUGAAUACUGUUUUAUCAAAUGAGAUUUUAAUUGUGCUUGCGUUUUAUGUACCUGUUAUGUAUAAAAAUGUAUUUUUAUGUACUUAAUUUUAAUUUUUUAAUUCUAAAGCUCGGUACAAGCUGAUGUAAGAUGUAUAAUUUAAUGAUAAAUACGUAUUAAUGCCGUGAAAAUUAAAAAAAAAACAACUCAGUUUUUUUUAUAUAUUUUUUUUAAAUUCAGUUGAUAAAGAAAAAAAUGUAAUACAUGUAUGGAUAAAAAGAGCUCUAAAGUUAAAAUUAUAUCCCGAAUAUUGCUAUUUAAAAUUCAUAAACACAUUGAAAUAAAAAUAUAAAUGUCAAUUUAUCAUCGUAUAUAAUUUUAUUCUUAAAUGCUGAAUAUUGUAAUGUUAUUUUACGAAAAAAUCACACUAAUGAUAUUUAAAAAACUGUAGCAAAGGGCAUUUUAGAAAUAAACUUUUUAGAGUUCGUACCAGAGCUUUAUUUGACAAUGGCACGGCUUAUUUAAAUAAAAAUAAAUUUACAAAAUAAUAUUAUAUUGUACUUAAAAAGACAUUGGUUUGUAUUUUUUUAAUAAUUUAUUUAUUGAGACUGAGAUAAUUAUUGAAAUUAAAGUAUUAAUUUACAUUUUACUAUCGUUUUCCGUUAUUUUUUUUUUUGAUCUGAAAAUUAUUCUUCAUUGUUUACGCAGUUGCAAAAUCAUUUUAAAAAGAAUUACCUAACCUGCAUGACAGCAGGACAACAUACUUGUUGAAGAAUUUUGAGAUCGUACAAAACAAAAUAAUGUGUGAAUUGAAAUUAAUAUUGCAGAGUUAUGUAUAUAUUUGAAAUUGAAUAUUAAUUUUAUAGUUUAUGUCCGAUUCAGCACAAAAUAUAAUUGCUACAGCAAGUUUAACUUCUUAGUCAUUCCAUUUUCAUUCUUAUUCCCACUAUUUUGAGUCUGUUACGCUGCAUUAUUUGGCCACACUAUGAAAAUUUUAAAUUGUAUCUUUAUUAUAAAGUUAUCUUCAUUAUAACGUUUUCUUUAUAAUGCAGCAGAAAACAAGAUUAUGCUUUAUGUAUAAAUAACAAAAUUCGUGGUACCUAACAGCACUUAUAAUGUACUUAAUGGUAAUUUAACUAAGAUUGUGACUAGUUUAAAGUAUAGUUUGUUUGUGGAAUAAAUAAAUGUCAAUUUAUCAUC